AUGCUGCGACCCACCGUUGCUGUGAUAUGCAUGACGGCCGUCGUAGUUACACAGUUAUGGAUUGGACGAGUCAAUGCCUUGGCUCGGACUCCUAUCAAAUGGCUAAUAAAUACGGGAAACUUAGCAGGUCGAUGGCCGCCGCCGCAGUGGACCGGAAGGAACGGCUGCAGCAAUAACACUGCGACGCCAAACACUAUCAGCCGGAUGCAGAUGAUCCGCGGUGGCACAGCGGCCGUGUUGGUCAUGCCCACCGGAGACGGUGGCCAAAGAUGUUGCGCAGAUGGCACGGUGGCACAGUUUUCCUUGGGCCUGGUGUGCCUCAAACACGGUAUCAACAACCUGUAUCCGAUUGUGCAACCGUUUCCAGAUUGGCGGACGUUCGUAGACGUGGAUUCACCGGAUCCGGAACCGGUGUCGGAACAAGACCGAGAAACUACAAAAUCGGACGAAAUCGAUCAGCGCUCUACCGAAAUUCUCACUGAAAAGCGUUACGGUAGUAAUCACGAUCGUCAGCGUAUCGUGAACGCUGUGGACGCAUUCCUGGACGAUCGGGGACGGAUUCUCUGGAUUCUGGACGCGGGCCGUGCGGGUGAAGACGCGUGUCACGGCAACACGCCGACCAGUGAUCGAACUGCGUCCGAGGCUGAGAAGGAUGAUCAGUCAUUACAACCAAAGUUUGUCGCUAUUGAUGUAUAUACGAACCAGAUCAUCAAUAUUGUAAGUCUGUCUCGGGUGUGGCGACCUGGUGUGAGCUGUUUCCAGUACAUAGUGUCCAUUUACCUGGACGCCGACGAAAACGAUAACAAUAAUCGUACAUCAAACAAUGAAACAACUAGAGGAAGUGACAGAGUGAAUAGUUGCACGUUAGACUGGCCGCUAGUAGUUGUCGGCGAUGCAGGCACUAAUCGUGUGUUGGUGUACACACACAGCAACGACAGAUUCGCUGAGAUCAUAUUACCGAUGGAAGAAGAACACAAUGCAUUACACGAUGCCGACAAGAAAACCGGUACAAACGACCCAGAUGAUGACGGUGACAGCCAACAAGAUGUGAAAAAACCAAAACAUCGUCGGCAUUCCCGAUGGCCGACGCCUCCGAUCCGAGAUAUACUCUAUCUAGCUCCACUAUCAAUCAGGCCAGGUCAACUCAGACUGUUAAUCACCUACUACGGUUGCCGUGAAGUGUACAAACUCCGAUUGCAACUCUCUACCUCCGAUCCGCUGUCUUACGAAGACAAUCCCGAAACCGGUACAACCUCAGUAUCACUGUCACCGAUUAUUGGCACUCUAGCAGUUCUCGGUCGAAAACCGUGCCGGAUGGUCAUACUCGGCACGGACCGCCGGCAGACAGACGUUAUCGGUGAGAAUUUUGCGGGCGGGGGGACUACCGUUUACUUUCGGUUGGAAAAUACUAACGACAUAUGGUCGUGGAAAAUAUUUAGCGGAAGGAAAAAGUUGACCGGAUCAUUUUUGUACAUCGAUGAACGUGACUUCCGGUUAGUCCGGCUUGGUCGGACGUGUCGCGUCCCUGUCGCGAUUUCAGCUGCACCAGCGUCCGUCGAGAACGGCGUCGACGAUGUGGACCGAAACUCGGAAGAUUUCAAAAAGACCGACUCGCAAAAGCAAAUCCGGCAAAUUUUGUGGAUGCUGGAGACAAACUUUGUCGAUCACUUUGCUGGUACUGCAGACCGGAUGGGCGCGAAUGCCAAGCUACAGCCAAUCGAAGUGCCACUCAACUACGACAAUGCCAAUCUCGCCCGCUCACUGAGUUUCAAAGCUAUGAUGCAAAAUUUACCACUUCGAAUUCAACCAACUAAAGAUCUUUGUUCUCAGAAAAAUUCCAAUCACAGGAAACGACAACAGUCGUCGAAACGAUGUAGCAACGCUUUCAUAUGACGCUUCGUGAGACAAUUAUUAUUGGAUGAAUUGCGUAUUUGCCCCAUGGUGUGAUGGUGGUUUUAAUUUCCUUUAUAUCAAAUAUAUUGAGCUAAAUUCUAAUUAGCAAACAACAAACGCAAUGAAUCUCAGUCUUCAAGCAUUUCGUGUAUUGAUGUAUACGGGCUAUAAACA